CGCACCUUUUAUCGGUUUACUGGCGUAAAAACCCACGCGGGAGGACACGACAAAAGGUUUUUCAUUUUAAAAAAAGCGAAGGAUUUACAACUUGUGCGAGUGUUCUACAAUUUUGUAAAUCACAAGAUGAAUAUGUACGUAUUGUGUGAAUGCUUUUAUUUAUUUUUUUUAUUUUUUCAGUAAUCGACAACAGUUAGACAAAGUGGUUAUAACUUAUUCGGUUCAAUGGAUGUUUAGUCAAUCAGAUUGCACAUAUCAGAGUAAUUUUUGAAACGAGACAUUUUUUUAUGCACUACCUUUGUUUCUUUCAGGUGUUGGCCGCUAGUAUCAUGGGCGUGACUUUAAGCGGCAUGCAAAGACCUUCCUUAACUCUGGUACGAAAUAUAAGCUAUUGUAUUUACGCAUCAUGAGGGAUCCAUUCAUUUUCCGCCAGGUGGAAUGUACGUUAAAUAAUUCCCAGUAGAUAUACCAAUACAUAAACCUUGAAUCCAUAAGAGAGGAAGUAGCAACUUGUGAUACCUUUUUUAUAUUUCACUAUUUGUUUAUAAUUUUUUUUUUGGCCCUUUGCAGAUGUGAGUGUAGCCUGUGCUGCAAUAUCAGCGAUAACCGUGUACCACUAUCUGGUCAAUUUGAUGGCUUUGGGUAAUGCCUCAGCGCUAAGCAGGGAUUACUAUGAUAAAGAUCCCUUUUUCUUUGAUUCGGACAUAAACUUUACUGCAAAGCAAAAAUCCAUGGUGGCUGUUUCUUCCCUGAUCAUCAUAUGCUCCAUCAUUGAGAUCAUUCUUGCGGUGACAGCCAUCAGGAGCAGUGAUAUAGGUGGUCAGAGCUCGCAGGAACAGCAAGUUAGAGAAGUUGAUGAUUACCAGAUUCUUGAAUCUAACAAACUCAAUAUUUCUGCGUUAUCAACUUGAAUCACUUUGAUGAUCAGUCAGUUAGUCGGUCAGUUAUCUGGCCAGUCAGUCAAUUUUCGUCAAAUCUUUUCGUCUGGGUAAUCAGUCAUUAAACUAAUCAGUCAUUUAUUUAAUCAACAUGUUUGCCAGCACGCUAUAAACAAACCAGUCGCAGACGUUUGUUUGCCAAAUUGCCUCGACGACACGGUGUAUAAACGAUAUUUAAUAAUUAUUAACCUUAGUGAAGGUGAAUAGUGCUGCCCACCCGCGAAGCGACACCGAUUGAUUGUCUUACAAUAUACCACACAGAAAGCCCCCCCCCCUCCCCCCCCAAUAAAAAAAAUUUAAAAAAGUUUAUUUAUGUCAAUUUGGCCACUCGGAGGUGAAUCGUACUUGCUAGUCACUUUCGAACCAGCCAACAUUCACGUGUGUGGUGUACGCUAACACCUAAUAUUCCUCAAUUCUCACCUAUGGAUCACAUUAAUUAGGUCACAAAACGCGAAAUCAAAACAGCCAGGGCGUACGAUAAGCACUACUCACCUGUGUGGUUUACACUAACACCGGAUAUUCCUCAAUUUUAACUGAUGCAUAUUGAAUCAUGAAACGCCUUUAGACCAAUCGCGCAAUGGAAACAUUUGAUUGACUACAAGUUAUUAAAUGAACCAGGGUAAUAAAACACAUCAUAUCACAAUUCAUUUUCAGGUAAGGAUUUGCCAUGGCCAGCUUGAAGCUGAUCAGGUGCCGAUCUAUACGCAAGCGCGGCCGACCUCAGUUGCAGCCCAACCACUGAUGGCUUUUCCAGACACUACUAAUUAGUAGCUACAGUUGAACCUUUAUUAAGCCGUCACCAUGUAUUUAGCUGUCAGUUGCAAUCGUUCAAGUCCCGAAUGUUUUAUCCCUUAAUUACUGUAAAAUGUACCUAUAUUAAGCGGUCACAUCUAUUUGGCGGUCACAGUCACCGUUUAGUAAGUCCCAACCGCCUGUUUUUUAUUGUCUUUCACUUGUAUUGAACAGUCACUGAAAGCGGAACCACUC